AUGGAAUCUACAGACUUACCUCUUUCGGACCAACUCAAGAAUCGGGGAGACUAUUUGGACCUCCUUAUAAAAUAUUAUGAUAACCUAUCCCAAAAAGUCGAAUUCAUAAUUUCUGUAAUAGGAAUUUUUUUAUGCAUCUUCCAUUUUAUAUUUCUAACUCAGAAGAGUAUCCCAAUAUUUGGAAUUCUAAUCGGUAUCUGUCUCUGCAACUUUUCAAAGUUUUUUCUAAUAUUUCGUAGAGCGUUUCUCAAGCUUUUUGAAGAAGAUUUAUUCGAGAAAAAUGAAGAAUUUUGUUAUGGAUUUGACAGUUUCAUUGGGACCGUUAUUUCUUGUGUCUUAGACUAUUUAAUGGAUACUUUGUCUACAUUGAAGUCUGGAUUUAUGCUCGUUCUUGGAGGAGUGCAGCUCAUUUUUGUGAAAUAUCCACAUGGUUCAUGGACGAUCUCAUUUUCAAAAUCUACAGUAAUCCUUCAAAUGUCUAUUUUUGUCGCAAUAGUCUCAUCGGUUGCCCAUUUCAUUUCAUUUUUGUUUGAAAAAACUAUUACGAGCAUGUCAGAGAACAGUGAUUGUAUUGGAGUUUCAAAUAUUUCCAGUAUUGAUAGAUCUGAACAAUUUAUGAUUUCAAAUACAGAUGAAUACGGAAGAGUCAAUCAGAUUAUUUCAAUUGCUCGAACUGCAAAGUUUUUUAUCGUAUGUGCCUACAUUCUUUUGAUAGCGUUUCUGGCAAGAAGUUGGAUGGUUAAGGAAACUGGACGAUCCGAGUCAACUCCAACACUUCUUAUCCUGGUUUUAAUUCUUCUUCACUUCUUAGUCGAUGGUCCGAUGACGCUCUUCGGUUACAUUCUACCCUUCUUUGUGAAUUAUACUAAUUAUACUGGACCCCAACUAGAGUAG